AUUUUUGAGACGUUUUUUUUACUCAUUUGAGCCCGAAAUGUCGCGCAAAUAUCUCCAUAAACUGGUGUGCAGCAGCCCGCGAAGCCUCAACUCAUCAGGAAUGAUGUCAUGUUUUCGAAGACGCAGCCUGUAACAUCCGGGUCCUGUCGCUGUGCUCUGUGCUCCUCGGCAGCUAGCGUUAGCUUGCAGGCUGUCAAGCUGUCAAGUGGAGAGGCUGGGGCAGACGUUUCAGCUUCCCCCUGGCUUGGCCGCACAAAGCUUUAGCCCCCAAAGCAAUACAAGAAAACUGGGUAUUAUUUAGCGCGCCAGCUGAGAUAAUGUAAUACAUCACGGACGCACGCAAAGAGGGACGUUCGCAUUUACACUUUACGUGCACUGAGUGUUCAGUGACGACUGCUCAUUGCUAGCUAACAGGCUAGCUAGCUUAGCUAAACCAUCGCCGCAAACCCCCAUAUAUCGUCGUUUUACACUCGCUGGUGAGAACUGCGGACAGUCGGUCCCUGUCCCUGUCUUUGCUUGCCUUGCUGUCAACUGGUAUUUUGGUUGUUUGGCUCUUAAAGGGACACAAUGGGUGCAUUUUUGGACAAACCAAAGAUGGAAAAAUACAAUUCCCAUGGUGAUGGUAACAGCCUGAGGUAUGGGCUCAGCAGCAUGCAGGGUUGGCGGGUUGAGAUGGAAGAUGCACACACAGCAGUAAUUGGUCUGCCUCAUGGUCUCGACCCCUGGUCCUUCUUUGCGGUUUAUGACGGGCACGCCGGCUCUCAGGUGGCCAAGUACUGCUGUGAGCACCUGCUGGAGCACAUCACGAGCAACUGUGACUUCCAGAGUGCCCUGCAGGACGACACCUCAGUGGAGAGUGUGAAGAAUGGGAUCCGCACAGGUUUCUUGCAGAUCGAUGAACACAUGCGAACCAUCUCUGAGAAGAAGCAUGGUGUGGACCGCAGCGGCUCAACAGCAGUGGGUGUGAUGAUUUCGCCAAGCCAUAUCUACUUUAUCAACUGCGGCGACUCACGGGGGCUCCUCAGCAGAGGUGGAGCUGUGCACUUCUUCACACAGGAUCACAAACCAAACAACCCACUGGAGAAGGAGAGGAUCCAGAAUGCCGGUGGCUCAGUCAUGAUCCAGCGAGUUAAUGGCUCUCUGGCUGUGUCGAGAGCUCUAGGAGACUUCGACUACAAGUGUGUGCAUGGAAAAGGCCCGACAGAGCAGCUUGUUUCUCCAGAGCCUGAGGUGUAUGCGAUAGAGAGAAGCGAGGCUGAAGAUGAAUUCAUAAUACUAGCGUGUGAUGGAAUCUGGGAUGUCAUGGCCAAUGAGGAACUGUGUGACUUUGUGCGGUCAAGGCUAGAGGUUACAGAUGAUCUUGAAAAAGUCAGCAAUGAAAUUGUUGACACCUGCUUGUACAAGGGAAGCCGGGAUAAUAUGAGUGUUGUCUUAAUCUGCUUUCCUGGGGCCCCAAAGGUAUCUCCAGAAGCAGUUAACCGGGAGGCUGAGCUGGACAAAUAUCUGGAGGCCAGAGUAGAAGAGAUCAUCAAAAAACAGGGGGAUGAAGGCGUGCCGGAUUUGGUUCACGUUAUGCGGACGUUAGCAUCUGAGAGCAUCCCUAACCUUCCCCCGGGUGGAGAGCUGGCAAGCAAACGAAGUGUUAUUGAGGCGGUGUACAACAAGCUUAACCCAUACCGAAGCGAUGACACAGACUCUGCGUCCACAGACGACAUGUGGUAACACAACCUCCUACCACUAACACAGCAUAGAGUUUACAAACCACCAUCCUCUCAAGACCCACAGCAGCUCAGCUCAGCAGUCUGUUUCUCCGUCACUCUGAGCUUUUGGUUUCUAAGAAGGGAAUUUCAUGGGUGGAGGAGAAGGAGGAAGAGAAGGAGGAGGAAGUGUUGCAUGCACACAAACCUGGAAUAGUGCAACACCAGUCUACUCUGGAGUUCAGGAUCCCCAUCGUCUUAGUCCCCUUUAUGUUCACCCUCCUUAAUAUUCUCCUCUAGAGUAAUCCACAACAAGUGAGUCCACCAGUUUUUCUUUUUGUUGAAUAAUCAGCUUAAGUAGUAAGAUUUUUUUUUUUUGCUGUAAUUAAUUUGAUUCACAUUUCCUUGUGUGUGUUUGUAUAUUUCUGUUUUUGUGAAGUGCAAUUGUCCUGUACAAACAGCCUGUAUUUAAUGCAGCUUGAUUUUAAGUUAAAAGAAAUGAAAGAAAUGGAAAAAGAGAACCUUUUAUGCACUAUCUGCCUUUUCCUGCUCCUCUGGAAUUCUAACAAAUGUCUAUUCCAUGAAUAUUACUGCUUGUCCUCCAGGCACAAUGUUUCUGCAAUUCUGCUUUUUCUUUUUGUCUCCUUUUUUCCCAGUUAGUGUAUUCUCCUUUAAGAAACGGGUAAAUUGUAUAGUUGACAGCACAGUAAGCUCUCUAUAUCAAACCAUUUGAACCCUAAUGAUCUUUUCCCUGUGUGUUUUUUAAAUUGUUUUACUUUUGUAAGUGAUUUUCUGUACAUGCUCAAAUAAUAAUGGCAAUUUGACAGUAUGAAGUGGAAAAAAAAAUAUUUUCCCCCCCCAAUUUUUUUUAAAUCUGUUUUUUGUUGAUGAGUCCCAUGUCCUGUUUGUCUGUGCAGAUACUUGCAAGCGUGCGUGGGUGCUUGUGUGUAUGUGAGUGCGCACGUGUUUCAAUGGAAAGGCAGAUUUGAUUGUGCAGCUGCGAGGUCAAUUUUGCAUUAGUGGUUCAGACAACAAACAAGGCUGGAGUUUAAGGGAAUUGCCCUCCCCGUACCUAUCCCCUUUUCUUUCUUUCAUUCUUUCUUUCUUUUUCCACCUAAUGUUCCACAUUGACCAAGACAGCUUUCGCUGCUUAUACCUGCAUUGAAUAACUGCGUUUCUAUGUAUGUAUGUGUAUAUGUGUAUACAUAUAUAUAUGUAUAUAUACAUAUAUAUAUAUUUAUAUAUAUAUAUAUGUAUAUAUAUACGCACACAUACAUGCCGUUAUUCUGUAACAACUUCAAAGUAACCUGUCAUGACACAUUUGAUGAUGGCGUGUAAAAGCUUCCAGCUAGUCAGGUGUUGACUAGUUCAUACCUUUAUUGUGUCAUAUUUAAAUAUUCAUUUCUAAAUGUACAACAAGACCACUGUAGGUGCCAUAUGAUUUUUAAAAAAAUCACAUUUUCAGCUUUAUUGCAGCCUAUGCCAUCCCCCAUAAUAUUCAGCUUCGUGUUUGUGGUACAGAUUUUAGGUUCUGCAUCUGUUGAUUUGACAAUAACAUUGAAAGCACUGAAUAUUUUUAGACAAUAACUCAGAUUAGCUGUCUGAAUUGAGAAGAAACCUUUGGCUCUAGUAAUUAAAAAGCUUUUUCCCCCCCCCCCAUUGUGUUUAUCUUUACAUUCAAACCAAGAUCAAAUAUGCUAGCUUCAGUGAGUGUUUCAGGUUGUAAAGUAACUUCCUUUUACCCAUCAGGUCUGCUUUGCCCAAAACUCUCCCCCCCACCGCUUCACAAGCCACAGCACAAUGUUUGCUGCUAUAGUGUAUGAUCUGUGGGUUAACUUUUAUUUAACAUCUCCUCAGAAAUGCUAGUCACUGACUAAAUUUGUAUUUAACACACGCAGUAGAUCUAUUUCUUUAAGAGAAAAUAUUUUUAUUUCAGAUAAUUUUCUGCCUUUUUUUUUCUUGUCUUUCAUUGCUAUCAGAUUUAAUGUAUGUAUAUAUUCUGACCUAAUUGUCUGAGGAAUAAACCAUUUCCCUUGAGUUAGCUUUUUGCCAUGGAGAAAAUGUGAUUCUACAUUGUCUUGAGAUGAUUAGAUACAUUUUUGUGUUCUGGCAAACAUUUUCCCCCUCCAGUCAGUUUUUAACUGUUUUAUUUAUGCAAUACGGUGUAAUCUUGUACUAAAUUAAUACUUCUUAAUUUAUCAAAAAGACAAUCCUAACUAUUUCACCACAUUUAGAUGUGUGGUGAGUAGCUUGUAAGACCCAGAAAAUAAAAAAAAUAACAUUAAAAAAAUAAUAGUAAUCUAGACAAACCUGACAAAACCCUUAAGUAGUUGCUUCCUAAUAUGCUUUUGUGGCAAAAAAUGCCAAAGAACCCUCAUCUCAGAUUUGAGAAUCUCACAGCCUUGCAAGAAAUAAGCUGACACUGCUUUUCAGGACCUUGUUAGUUGUCUUUUAAAGGUACUUUGUGGUGUUUUUUUGCUCUACAAGCACAUGCACAAGAAUAAUUCUGCAGGUCCAGUGUGGGGAUGGGGGGGGACUUGGUGUUGACGUGAGGUUAGUUGGACUGCCUGUAGGCGGCGCCAGUGUUCAUAUCAACAGGUGGUGAUGGUGUAAAGCAGCAGGAGAGGUAAACCACCAACAUUGAGUUAUCAUCUCUAAAGGGCUUAAAAUGAAAUUAAAAGGACGUGUAAGGGUGUUGCAUGGAUGAGCUUCAUUGGCCUGAAAGAAAAAAAAAAAAAGCAACUUGUGAAGAAGUGUUGAAUGUGAGACCCCACAGAGUACCUUUAAUUGCUCAUCAUACAAAACAUCAAUAUUAUCAGAAGAUUUGCUAAAAUGGAGCUGACUCCAGGCUGUGCACAUAAAAAAAAAAGUUUGUAGACGUACUGUAUUUGCAUUAUGUUAAACACUUUGAACUCAGUUGAUUCACUGUGUUUUGGGGAGAAAAAAAAACAACUUCAUUGUAAAUAAAAUGUCCCCCACUCCCCUCCACCCCACACACACACUUACACACUUAUUCGUUUUCUUUAGUCGGACAGUUAUUUUUUUUGCUCUGCAUAGCUUGUAAUCAAACACACAAAAUGUCUCUAAUGUCUCUCUCUAAACUCUGAUCAGCAUCCAGCUGCCUUUGCAAGCCUGGUAGGUAUUAAUGGCUCUGAAAGCAACAACUGAUUUUAGCUUUGGUUUUGUUUGUUUUUGUGGAAAUGUUGAUGAGGAACAAACAUGUUUGUUUGUAUGUUGUGCUAGUUAAAAACUUCAUAACCCCGAAUACUUAUUUUGAAUUGAUUAUGUAACCCUUUCAAUGAGGCUGUUUAAUUUCUAUUUUUUAAACCAGACUAAUCCCGUAGUAGAAAUUAGCUUUGUAAUAGUCGGAGUAAGUCCAACGGAAAUGCUGGUAAAUACCAUCGGUGGGUUUACUGUGAUUUGUACACACGUGGCUGUUUGAUGGAAAUAAUUUAAAAUCCUGUUAAUAAUAAUGUAAAAAUCACCCCCUCCCCCUGACCCCCAGUGAACAAAGAAUGAUCCUUAUCAUACGUUUAGUUUUUCAGAAACUGAAAUACCUCAUGAUCUCUGUAGGACUGGUUUGUCCUUUCUUCAGCAGUUCACUUUAAAGGAGCUGCUCUUGUAAAUCCUCCCUACGACGUAUAUUUCAACUCUGAUUCGUUAGAAGGGGAGAAUGCUAUGCUUGUGUUCUGCGUCUAGCCUCACUGUGCCGACGCUAACAAAACAAGUUGGAAAGAAGCUACAUGAAAUGACCUCUUAUUUUAGUGGAUGGGAACACUAUUGGCUUUGUCUUGCGGGCGUCGUCUUCACCCCAAAAAUGAGCGUCUAGCAUUCACCCAAGUAUUUACACCUCGCUUGUCCAUUUGUGACACUCACUUAGCUCAAAUCUGUAAUUGUAUUGAGAAUUCAGGGUUUUUAGAAAUGUAGGGGUUGUGUGAGGAAAAUACACUGAUCAGCCACAGCAGACACGCCACCUACCUGAUA